GCUUUUCUUGGAUUUCCUCUACUCUUUUUCUAUUUUUCGGAAACACUUAAAGCAUAUCGGUUAAUAUUAAGAUAUUUUUCCCAGCAAGUGGUGGUAAUUUUCAGACAUUGUCUUUAUGCCUUUUAUAGUUGCCUCUGUUAAUGGCCACGUUCAACCAAUUAAAAUUAUAAUUGGCCAACGUAAAAGCUAACUGCCAAAUACAUACCGCCUUCCAGAGAAAAUCUCUCUUUAAGCCCUGUUAAGUUUUCGCAGUGCACCCGACUAACUAAGUUUCAUAUUAAGACAGCUACCAGACUGAGAAACGCGGGGCAGGGGUGAUCACAUACAUCAUAAAGCAAAUCAAGCGUAAGUAACACCUUGAUAUAAAGCUCAAGUGACGGCAAAACUCGGGACAAACAGGGCGUAUACGCAAUUUAUAUCUCUCAGCCAAGAAAUGAAGUAAUUAAGGUAUGUCUGGUUCCUUUCUUUAAUAACUUGUUUGAUUGAUCACAUAUUUUCUUUGCUUUGUCCACUCAAAAGUAUUUCCAAUUGCAACUCAAUUAAGAUUCCCUAUCUCGGUAAUAAAAGGAAUUCCGGAGCCCCCGUCUUAAUGACAAAUGAUUUGGUUUCCUUGCUGUUUAUAUGACCAUAAAUAUAAAGUGAAAACGCCCAGUGUGAGUUCAAAGUUCAAAGAAUGUAGAGGGUCUACAACUUGUAAUUGGCACACAGAUUGGGAGUCUGCAACAUGUGUAGUGGGUGUUGUUGGGCUAUAAUGAAAAAGGUUGCUCUUUGAACGCCUUUUGUUGGCUUGAGGGUUUUGGGAUUUCUAUAGGUUCGUCCGGCUGGGAAACAGACAAAUUGCCACCGAUUAAGAUUUUUUAUCGGAGUACACAGGGACGGCCAUGAAAAAUGAAGAUGUUGGGUUUUUUUUCUUGCAACUUGAGGUUAAAUGAAGUCCUCGAAACUUCCCAAACCAAUUACUCAAACUGACUUUAAGUUUAAGAAAUUUAAGGACCUGUAUUGCCUAAAAACUGAACAUGUCCUUUAUCCAAUGACCUCAAUAUACAAUUGUAUUCUUUACACCUCUAAUAAUACCCUUUGGAGGGCUAAUUAACACAUUUGCUCCAACACAAUCACGAUGUAGCCCCAUUAAUUAAGUGCUAAUUAUGAUGACAUCACGACAAGACAGACAAAUCCCACCCCUAAUCAUUUGAGCACCUAUAUAACGAAGCCGGAAUGGGCUGUGAAAUUCACAACAUUGUGGAUAUUGACACAGACAAUAUGGAAUUGAAAUCGAUGGAUACGGUGGAGAUGCCCAUUUUUGGGAGCACUCUGAAGCUAAUGAAGUUCUGGUCAUAUCUGUUCGUACACAACUGGCGCCGCUAUGUCGCAAUGGCUCCGUACAUUAUAAUCAAUUGUACUCAGUAUGUGGAUAUAUAUCUGAGCACCGAAUCCUUGGACUUUAUCAUCAGAAAUGUAUACCUGGCUGUAUUGUUUACCAACACAGUGGUAAGAGGUGUAUUGUUAUGCGUACAGCGAUUUAGCUACGAGCGUUUCAUUAAUGUUUUAAAAAGCUUUUACAUUGAGUUGUUGGUGAGUACGAAAGAUUAUCUCAAAAAUACAUAUUGCAUAAAUGCAGUUUUAAAGCAAUCAGAUGACCCCACCAUCAACCUUUUGGUCGAGGAAACCACACGCCUAUCAGUUUUCAUUAGUAGGAUUAAUUUAUUAAUGGGCUGCUGCACGUGCAUUGGCUUUGUUACAUAUCCCAUUUUUGGUUCGGAAAGAGUUCUGCCAUAUGGCAUGUAUUUGCCCACCAUUGAUGAAUACAAAUACGCAUCACCCUACUACGAGAUUUUCUUUGUGAUUCAAGCCAUUAUGGCUCCAAUGGGGUGUUGCAUGUACAUACCCUACACAAACAUGGUUGUAACAUUUACCCUUUUCGCCAUUCUUAUGUGUCGAGUAUUGCAACAUAAGUUGAGAAGCCUAGAAAAGCUGAAAAUUGAACAAGUACGUGGUGAAAUCAUAUGGUGCAUAAAAUAUCAAUUGAAAUUAUCAGGAUUUGUGGACGCAAUGAAUGCCUUGAACACCCAUCUUCAUUUGGUUGAGUUCCUUUGCUUUGGUGCCAUGCUAUGUGUUCUUCUUUUCUCCUUGAUAAUUGCUCAAACUAUUGGUCAGACCGUCAUAGUCAUCGCAUACAUGGUAAUGAUAUUUGCCAACAGUGUGGUCCUUUACUACGUGGCCAAUGAACUAUACUUCCAAAGCUUUGAUAUUGCCAUUGCUGCCUAUGAAAGCAAUUGGAUGGACUUUGAUGUGGACACACAAAAGACUUUGAAGUUCCUCAUCAUGCGCUCACAAAAGCCUUUGGCGAUUCUGGUUGGUGGCACCUAUCCCAUGAACUUGAAAAUGCUUCAGUCACUACUGAACGCCAUUUACUCCUUCUUCACCCUUCUGCGUCGCGUUUACGGCUAAAAAACACUCGCUUACAAGGUUAUCCCCUCUUUGGUGGAACAAUUGCCACAAUUGAUUGCAUUUAAGCAGCAAAUGUUCCUCUCAAAGGAUAUUGUGGAAGGGCAAAUGCUGUGCAAUUGGAUUGUUGCAAAUGCAUUCGAGGCAACUGCAACACGUCUCCGAAAUAUUCGAAAGGAGCGACCAACGAAAUAAACUAUAAUAAAAUUGCUUCUGUUGGAUCCUUUGUUGGCUUUUCGACCACAUCUUGGCUGGCAGUUGACCACGAGCGCUUCCUUUUGUUGUUGGCUCAUUGUUAUGCCCGGCACGUGCCAUUCAGAUAACUUCUAUUUAAGCAAAUAUAAAUCUAAAGUGUGCUAAAUUAGAUUAAAAUGUUCUCGUAAAAUAAACGUUGUCCAGUCUGCCGCCAGCUGAUACAGGGAUUCCAGGACCACGGAGCCACCUAACAUUAUUGUGUCCGAAAUUGCUUACAAAUUCCCGC